AUGCAGGGCGCGCACCGUAAAUCCGCGGAAGUCAUUCUAGCCUACCGAAAUUUGGACGCAGGAGAUCGACCGAAUAUUACCGAAGAUACGAACAAUCUCAUUGACCAGGAUCCAUCCAUCAACUUCAGUGCAAUCCUCCUUCCUUCGCUCCUCGGUCCGGGGAUCGUCAAACGACUCGGAAGCGGGUGCCCACAUCCACGGGACUCACUUCGCUUUGACUUUCCUUCCAAAGAUCCUCCGCCACCCUCACCAACAAGGAAAUGCACCACAUGA